CCUGGCUGAGCCCUGUUGGCUCCGUGUUUUACCAUGCCUGAACCCGCCAAGUCCGCUCCGGCCCCCAAGAAGGGCUCCAAGAAAGCCGUCACCAAGGCCCAGAAGAAGGAUGGCAAGAAGCGCAAGCGCAGCCGCAAGGAGAGCUACUCCAUCUACGUGUACAAGGUGCUGAAGCAGGUGCACCCCGACACGGGCAUCUCGUCCAAGGCCAUGGGCAUCAUGAACUCGUUCGUCAACGACAUCUUCGAGCGCAUCGCCGGCGAGGCGUCCCGCCUGGCGCACUACAACAAGCGCUCGACCAUCACGUCGCGGGAGAUCCAGACGGCGGUGCGCCUGCUGCUGCCCGGGGAGCUGGCCAAGCACGCCGUGUCCGAGGGCACCAAGGCGGUCACCAAGUACACCAGCUCCAAAUGAGUCCUGCCCGGACUUGGCGCUCUCUAGCCGCUUUUCUCCAAAGGCUCUUUUAAGAGCCACCCACUUAAUCAGCAGAAAAGAGCUUGGUUCACUUGUACUCCCUUAGUUCUAAACGGUCUAGGAGAUGGCACAAGUAGUUUUUAAACAUUUGUAACUUGAGGUUCCGGGUGCGUGACUGGACUUGCUUUCGAUCCUAAAAGCGCGUCAUUCCUCCUAUUGCGCUGCUUAGCUUUCUUAGUACUAAACUGGGAUGCUAGGGGUCUGUCCUUUCUCCUCCCAGCCCCACACCGUUGUGUUCUGGUGGCUUUGUUGGGUGUGUUUUAUUGACCUAAAACAAAGUCGUGGUUUACGAGGACCCCAGGACAGAAACCCGACUCCAGCGAACGCUGACAGCUCGGUACGAUUGAAGCCUGACCGCAGCUGGUGUAUCCAGCCGCCAGCUCGACCCUGCGAGGUGUCCUUCGAGGUGUCGUGUGUGUACCGCGGGUUUUGUGUACUUAGGGCGGAGCCCGCGCAGCCGGGCCCUCAACUUUUCCUGAUUGGGCGACACGAAUAUUUAAAAUUUCCCGCUGCUGCGGAAUACUUACCACUCCCCCUUGGGUGUUUAAAAUCCUUUCUGGAUUUGUGGAUCGUUUUCACAUUUAAUGCUCUGUGCUUGGAACGCUGCGCUGCGCUCCCACGGCAGUGCAAAGCGCUUUCGUCAUUUAGAUCUGGGCUCAAAAGUCAUCUUGAAUAUACCUUUUUAAGCCAUCCACUCAGGAAUUCACUCCUUUCUUUCCUGCCUGGCUGUUUUGUCUUCCUCCUAACGAGCUGAAAUUGGUUUAUUUGUUCUUAAUUAUGAUCUUUCUCCUUAUCCUUGACAGGCUUUGCGGGUCUGACUUCCCACUGUGCCUUAAGUGCAAACCAAUGCCUGGCACAUAGAGGACAAACAGUACUUACUGAAUUAAUAUUUAUUGAGUUAAUUUUUCUACCCACCCCUUUCUUCCUUGCUUCUUUUCCAUUAGAGGUAUGUGAAGACAGGAUGAAAAUGGAUAUAUUUUUGCGGCUCCUUUCCCAAAUCUGCCCUUAGUCACAGUGCAACAGCUGGGGGUUUGGGGGCAUGUUAAGAUUCUCUUUGUGAAAGAGGAGGCUGCAAUAGGUCCUACCUUUAUGCCUCACAGUUUAGUGUAACCUUCAGAUUUCCAUUGAAAUCAGAAUGUUGGUCGUUGCAAAGAGCCCUCUUUUUUCACCCCCUACUCUCCACCCUGCAUUGCCUCAAUCCUGGUUUUCUAUUCCCCACUGAGAAGAGGUUUUAAUUUAUAGUUGCUACCUCAUUUGCUUCUCAGAAGACUCUGCAAGACAGGUGGGACAACAGAAUUAAUAUUUUUUUUUUAUAGAUGAGGCUGAGAGAAAGCAUGUAGCUAACACUAUUUUUGUAUCCUCCUAUGAGAGGACAAUUGCAUUUUAGUUUUAUUUUGUGGAGUUAGAGAAUAUUGAGUCUUUCUGUUCAAACCUUGAUUUUGUGGAUUAAGACACUAAGGUCUGAUCAUUUACUUCUGGAGCUGAUUGCAGGGAUUUCAUGAAUCCAAAGGAACUUCAGAAAUUAUCACAGACUGACUAUAUGGCAUGUUUCCUACAUGUGUUUUCAAAUGUGUGUAGACACUACAGUUAUUAAUAAAGUUACCAAUUAAUCUAAAA